GUUCAAUCACGCGACCAAUGUUUGGAUUUUGGGAUGACUUGAGAAAUGAAAAUGAUCACAGUUCUGCUCACUAUUGCCCUUGUUGGGUUUGUAAAUUGUGAAGAUAUUAAGCAUGUCCACCUAGUAUUCAUGAAUCACUUAGAUGUAGGAUAUGAUGGCUUGCUUCCAGAGGAACUUGGAUUUAUUAACAAUGUUUUAAACAAGUACUUUAUGGAGUACUUCCCUCGCUCCAUCAACACCUCAGCCACACUGAGAGAACUGGGUUUCUAUGAGAAACAAAUCUAUACAACCCACCCAUGGCUUGUCAGGCUGUACUUACACUGUCCCCCAAAUCUUGUUCUCUCAGGGAUUAAACUACAGUGCCCUAAUGAGACAGAGAAGGCAGAGUUUAUAGCAGCAGCCAGACGAGGAGACAUCACAUGGCACGCUGGUCCCAUGAAUAUGUAUAUGGAGACUAUGGACCCACUGAUGGUGAGAUUUGGUGUACAGCUUAGCAUAGACUUAGACAAGGAGCUGGGAAUCAAGAGAAAACACCGAACACUCAGUCAGAGAGAUGUACCAGCUAUGACCCAAGCAGUAUUGCCAAUCUUGACAGAUUUAGGUGUAGAAGCCAUAAGUGUUGGGGUGAAUACUGUAACAGCCCCUCCCGCAGUUCCUCCCAUCUUUAACUGGCAGUUUAAAAACAGCUCUGUAAUUGGAAUCUGGCACCCAGGGGGUUACCCAGACAACCCAGGCCCUGUGCCGUCAAAGCCUUAUGGUCUUUCUAGAAGGGACUGUGCCACAUUCCCAGGGUUUGAUCAUGCUCUCUGCUUUGCAUUCAGAACAGAUAAUUCUGGACCACCAAUGGAUUACAAAGAGGUACUUGACUAUUAUGAAAUUGUCAGAUCCCAGUUCCCAGGAGCUGAUGUCCAGUCUUCAUCUCUGGAGAACUUUGUACAAGCAGUACAGCCAUAUAAGUCCAAGCUGCCUGUCAUCACUAAAGAGUUUGGGGAUACAUGGAUCCAGGGGUCAGCUUCAGAUCCUCGUAAAGUUGCCGAGAUGAGGGCAGUAUUUAGAGCCAGAAGCACAUGUCUACAAACUGAAUCAGUUUGCUCAUUGUCAGAUCCCAGAUUUUACAAUGCCAGUGUUUUCUUCUUAAAACAUGGAGAACACACAUGGGGAUUAAGUAGUGUGUUUGACAGUCAUCAUUGGACUAAUGAGGAAUUCUACCCAAUCAUGAAUAAUCUAUCCUUCGGAUUUAUGAAUGGCACCUUGUCUUGGCAAGAGCAGAGAAAUUUUACAAACCUUGGACUGGAUGCUCUUGGAAAUCACACAUUGUCCUCAAAGAUUGUCCAGCAACUAAAUCAGAUCCAGGCCAAGAGACCAGAUAUGUCAGAAUACGUCAACAUUGGCGCGUCCUUGGAGGUACAGAAAUGUUCUAAUGGAUUUGAAUUUGGAUUUGAUAGUCAGGGUUCUCUCAUACAUAUGAAAGAUCCUGCCAGUCAGGCUGUAUGGGCAGAUAGCACCCACCCAUUAGGAAAGUUUGUGUACCAGACUUUGAAUCAGUCGGACUUUGAUUACUUCAAUGAAAACUAUCCCUACUCUCCUCGAUUUCAAUUAGGAAUUGGAAAACCAAACAUAUCAGAAUCUAAUGCCACUAGUGGAUACUGGAGUGUAACCAUGGAAGAUUUGUUUAAGAGUAAAGAGGGUUGCAGUUUUAUUGUACAUCUUCAAAUGACUGAUGUUAUGAGUAUGUCUAAGUAUGGUGCUCCGACUGUGAUCUAUAUUAAGUAUACAGGGGUUGCUGCAUCCAAACAAUUAUCAAGUAUUGAUGUUGAGGUCCAGUGGUUCCAGAAGCCUCCGACACGGAUGCCUGAGUCCAUUUAUUUUAUGUUCCGACCAAUCAGUUAUCCAAAACUGUCCUGGAAAAUUCAUAAAGUAGGACAGUUUAUUGAUCCACUGAACGUCAUUCUGAAUGGAAGCCAAAUUCUACAUGCUGUAGACAAGGGUGUAUAUUAUACAGACAGCAGGAACUCUGGCUUCUCCAUCGAGUCACCAGAUGUCGCUGUUGUCAAUGUACUGACACCUGGUAGCAAGCCAAGUGUCAUACCUGUACCAUUAAAACCAAUCAAAGCUGUAGAUGGAGUGGCUUUCAACUUGUUCAAUAAUGUCUGGGAUGUGAACUUCAUCUUCUGGUAUCCAUUUGAAAAACGAGAUAAGGACCAAAAGUUCCGUUUUAAACUCAAUAUAUCCCCGUCUUAAUUUCUGUUGCCACGGUAUUCUGGAAUCUGUGAUAUUUAUGUUUUACAUUCCCAUUGAUUAUAUAUAACUACAGUAUAGAAAUAAUAUCAGUGUUAAAGCAAGUUGCCUCAAUUAAAUUUUAAUGAUUCUAUAUUUGUAUAAUAUAUAUUAAUGUGAUUUUCAUCUUGUUGAUUAAUUUUCAGAUUUCUUUGAUUAGUGCAUUAAUAGCAACAACAAAAAGAAAACUGAAAAGAUAGAUAGUUAGCAUGUACAUGUAUAUCGUUUGCAUUAAGACUGUGUUCAUUUGACUCAUGAAUUAGUUAUUUUCACUAUUGUGGUUAGUUACCGGACCUUAGGAGUAUGUUGAUUGUUCAUUGAUGGCUGAUCUCUUUAUUAAACAACAAGUGAUUUGUAUAUCUUUCUUAUGUUUGAAUUCUGUUCAUAAGUUUUUCAUAUAUUUCAUAUACAAAUAUGUGUUAUUCAUGCAUAUAGUGUUGAUUUAAAUCAUUGAUUGAUUAUCCUUCAUACCUUUGUAAUGAUUUUGUGUUUAUACACUAGCUCCUUUACAUAUUGAAAUUGUCUCUUUGACAAAACCAUCAUGUACUUACUAGGAAAUAGGAUAGAUAUAAAGGUACUUUUUUUUCAUCAAAUAUCACCAGUUACUUUUAACUUUUAACUGUUGUAACUCAAUACUUGUAAUAUUCACAUGGAAAUUGGAGUGUGUUAAUUUUGUUCGUGUUUUUAUUGUGCAAAUAUCCGACACAUAGUAAGCAUGUGUUCAGAGCUGAAAUCCUAUUCCUACAAAAUUAAUAAAAAUUUUAAGUUAUAAAUACAUAUUUUCAUAAUAAAUGAAUCUGUGAAUCCAC